AUGCAAAGUGUAAACCAAAGUUCUGUGUCUCACUUUAUCUUGGUGGGCCUGCACCACCCACCGCAGCUGGGGGUGCCACUCUUCCUAGCUUUCCUUGUCAUCUACGUCCUCACUGUCGCUGGCAAUGGGCUCAUUACACUCACUGUCUUGGUGGACACCCAGCUCCACCGCCCCAUGUACUGGUUCCUAUGUCACCUCUCCUUCUUGGACAUGACCAUUUCUUCUGCCAUUGUCCCCAAGAUGUUAGCUGGCUUUCUCUUGGAGAGCAGGGUUAUCUCCUUUGGGGGCUGUGUAAUCCAACUUUUUUCUUUCCACUUCCUGGGCUGCACUGAAUGUUUCCUUUAUACCCUCAUGGCUUAUGAUCGUUUCCUAGCCAUUUGUAAGCCUUUACAUUAUGCCACCAUUAUGACCCCCAGUCUCUGUAACUACCUGGCUUUGGGUACCUGGCUAGGAGGCACACUCCACUCACUUUUCCAAACAAGCUUCAUAUUCCGCCUGCCCUUCUGUGGGCCAAACCGCGUGGACUACUUCUUCUGUGACAUUCCUGCCAUGCUGCGUCUAGCCUGUGCUGACACCACCAUCAAUGAACUAGUAACCUUUGUGGACAUUGGUUUCCUGGCGCUCACCUGCUUUGCACUUAUCCUCACUUCCUACGGCUGCAUAGUGGCUGCCAUCCUGCGAAUCCGGUCUGUUGAUGGGCGCCGCAAUGCCUUCUCCAUCUGUGCAGCCCACCUCACUGUUGUCAUUGUGUACUAUGUGCCCUGCACCUUCAUUUACCUUCGCCCUGGCUCCCAGGAAACCCUGGAUGGGGUGGUAGCUGUCUUCUACACGGUCAUCACUCCCUUGCUCAACCCCAUCAUCUACACACUCCGCAACAAAGAAAUGAAGGCAGCAUUGUGGAGGCUGGGAGAUUGCAAGGACUUGUAG